GGGCCGUGUUCCCGCCAUCUCCGCGGAGUAUAAGAGGGACCAGCACUAGGACCAAGCACUUCAGUCCUCUCUCAACAAGCGUCACGAGGUACAAGGAUGGCUCUCGAACGUCAAGUGCGCGCCAAGAUCGCUGCAAAGCGUAACCCAGAACAGGAAAAAGAAGCCCAAGAAUGGGUCGAAAGCAUUCUGGGCAAAAAGUUCCCACCAGGUGAGGCCUUCGAAGACGUCAUCAAGGAUGGACAGGUGUUGUGUCAUCUGAUGAACAAGAUCUCCCCUGGAUCCAUUUCCAAGAUCAAUACCACUGGCGGACAAUUCAAAAUGAUGGAGAACAUCAACGCCUUUCAAAAAGCUCUGAAAGACUAUGGCGUGGCCGACGUUGAUGUGUUCCAAACGGUCGACUUGUGGGAGAAGAAAGACAUUGCACAGGUGGUGACGACUCUUUUUGCUCUUGGUCGUACGACGUACAAGCACCCAGAAUGGAAAGGACCAUAUUUAGGACCUAAGCCAGCUGAUGAGUGCAAACGCGAGUUCACCGAGGAACAAUUGCGCGCUGGUGAGACAAUGAUCGGUCUACAGGCCGGUUCAAAUAAGGGUGCCACCCAAUCUGGCCAAAGUAUUGGUGCCACCCGUAAGAUCCUCCUAGGAAAAUAAGUCAACAAGCGUUUAGAUUCAAGAAUGAAUUUACAUCUUGUAUGUACAUGUACAUAAACCCACGCACACAUAUAUAUUAUGUAUUUAUUUUAUAUUUUGUAAUUAAAUAAUAUAUAUAUAUAUAUUUUAUUGAUUAACAACAAAA